AUGUCAACGAGUGUGAUGUUCGACCAAUCUCAGGGUGUGUCAAAACGACGUGCGGUGGACAACCAAGAUUUCAUGGCUGUCAUCUUAGUUGGAUAUGGUGAAAACUUGUACCCGUUCAAUCAAGGUACAAACGUAGUUUCAAAAGCAUUGUUACCUAUUGGAAACGUCCCUAUCAUCAACUCAGUCAUCGAUUGGGUGUUCGCUGCUGGUUUGAGAGACGUAUUGAUCAUUGUCCCGCCAUCAUUUUACACCUCUGUAGCUGAACAUGUCACGGAACAUUACUCCAUGGCUACUCACCCUAAAGCAAGGAUAGAUAUCAAACGUACGACAGAGGGUGAAAAGGAUGAUGAGAAUGACGAUGAGAGCGAAUUAGGUGUCAAAGGCGGAAAUGGCAGAGAGGGGACUGCCAGGUUGGUAAGGAGAUUCAAAAAUUGGAUUAGGACCGACUUCGUUCUCCUCCCCUGUGACCUUUCACCUCCUUCCUCACUAUCCCUCACAUCGAUACUGGACAAACAUCGUUCGUCUCCUGAUGCGGUGCUCACUUCUGUGUUUUACGAACCUACCGAAUCUGUCAAAGAUGGUGAAGAGAAAGUACUUGUAGCUCUUGAUAAAGAUACUAGCGAGUUGUUAUUGAUUCAACCGUUGGAAGGUAUGGAAGAUGAUUUAGAAUUACGGAUGGCUUUGAUAAGCUCUCACCCCACCUUAUCCCUUACCACUCGACUUUCCGAUGCUCAUAUAUACGUUUUACGACGUACUGUCCUUGAUCUGCUGUCGACUCGUCGCUCGAAGGAUCUGGAUAGUAUGAGAGAACAGGUGAUACCCUGGUUGAUCAAGGGUGGAUGGCAGAAAGGGUUAGGAAGACGUUGGGCACCGAUCCUUAACCCACCAAGGAAAGAUCCAUUCGCUGCUGCCCUAGCUCGAUCAACAAGUACAAACCCAUCUUCCUCUCCUUACUCUACUCUUUCACCUGGCUCAUCACCCACCUCUGACCACACUCCUUUACCACGCACCACACCCGGAUCAGCCUCGCGAUCAGGCUCUGGAUCUCAAAUUGAUUCAUUGCAGAACAGCAUGAUCAUCGAUCCUGAAGAAGACGUAAAAGCAUCGAUCAGGAAAGACGUAGUGGGUUGGAAAUGUAAAGUUCUCGUCACAGCCCCUCAACCUCCUCCAGUCGAAUCACAACAGCCCUCUGGUAAGGGAAGUCAUAAACAAGGACAAGGGAAAGACAAAGGUUUACAGAAUGUUUAUGAACCGGAUUACUUGAUAAGAGCGAAUAGCUUGGCAGGAUAUUGGGAAUUGAAUAGAAAAUUCAUCAAAACUCUGUCGACCUCGAGUGGUGCUUUGAACAAUUUGAGUAAUAUAUCUCAGAAUAAACAGAUCCAACAGUCACUGGAAGAUGCUACUGGAACUUUACCUGCCAUUUCACCCCAAUCUCAAAUUUCACCCGACAGUUUGAUAGGUGAAGGAACGCGUGUGGGUGAAAGGGCUUCGAUCAAGAAAUGUAUAAUUGGAAGACAUUGUAAUAUUGGUAAGAAUGCGAAAUUGACGGGUUGUGUGUUAUGGGAUUUUGUCACGGUCGAAGAAAAUGCACGAUUAGAGAAUACGAUUAUAUGUUCGAAUGGAAGGAUAGGCGAGAAGAGUCAGAUCAAAGAUUGCGAAUUUGGUACCGGGUUCGAAGCUAAGCCUGGAGCCGUUCUGAAAGGUGAAAGAUUGGUUGCUGGUCAAGAGGCAUAA